AUGAUAGUUCUCGCUCACAAUUUCGACUUGGACAAUGUAGCGAAUAUAAAGAAGCAUGGACAUGAUCGAGCUUCUGAAACAGUUGAAUCUUCCAAGUUUGAAGAAAUUUAUAAUAGAAUAUUUCUUACUAUUUAG